GUCAGAUUUGUCACACUUCUUUCACAAAUUAAAUCGCGAUGCAACUGAACAAGGUACAAGGCCAAUCAUACAUAGGGCGUGGGGUCAAACCAAGGCUAUGCAAUUUGAGCAGCUCAGAUUGAGCAUCCAGUUCUUUCUGCGGUGGGAAGACCACAGGGCUCUGGACAUGCACAUAAAAUUGAAAGUAAACGUGGCAGUGAAGCAAAGGUAAACAUUUUUCAGUGAUCUGGAAGUGAACUGUUUAAUGAACCGGAAGUGAACAGCUAUGAAAUUUUGAAGAAAAAAAAAAAUGAGAAACUUGAAGUGAUCAUUGAACCAGGGACUGAACAAUACAGUGAACGUGAUGAGAAACUUGAAGUGAUCAUUGAACCAGAGACUGAACAAGACAGUGAACCGGACAGUCGGCCUGAAAAUGAACUGAGCAGUGAACUGAGGCAGUCAGCCGGAAAUAGAACAGAGCAGUGAACGGAGCAAGGAUCGGAGUAGAGAACCAGACAAGGAACCAGGCAGUAAACUGAGGAGUCAACCGGACGUUGAACAUGAGCAUGAACGUAGGAGUGAACGGAACUGUGAACCGGACAGUUAACCGAGCAAUCAACCGGAUAGUGAACGCGAUGGUAGUCUGGGCUGUAAAUUAGACAAUGAAACGGAAGUAAACUGGUUAGUGAACAGAAAAUAAAAAGAUUUUCAGUGAACCGGGCGAUAAGCAUGCCUUUGAACUGAUCAGUGAACCGGACAGCGAUACGGAAAUUGAACAGUACAGUGAUACGUAAAUUGAACAGGACAAUGAUACGGAAAUUGAACAGGACAGUGAUACGGAAAUUGAAGAGGACAGUGAUACGGAAAUUGAACAGGACAGUGAUACGGACAUUGAACAGGACAGUGAUACGGACUUUGAACCGGACAUUGACACGAAAAUUGAACAGGACAGUGAUGAGGACAGUGAUACAGACAUUGAACCGGACAGUGAUACAGACAUUGAACCGGACAGCGAUACGGACAUUGAACCGGACAGUGAUACAGACAUUGAACCGGACAGCGAUACGGACAUUGAACCGGA